CACGUUCUUUCCGUCAUGUUCUUUCCUUCUCACUUCUUCCAUGGCUUUGCCUCAUCGUUCUCCCUUUUUCUCUCGUUCUCUUCGGAAUUAAUUCAUCUAUAAAGAGAGAGAAAUAAAGAUGACAUUUUCUGGCCUCCGCUGAGGAAAAUAGGAGAGAGGCCCCUUUAAGUCUUAGCAACGGUCGGGAUUUUUUUUUUCCCGCGCAAGGCGUCUUGGGAGUUGUCGUUUCUCCGCCACGAAUUACGACAGCGCCGGGUUGGGAAAGAGACUACCAAUCCCGACAGGCAUAGCGGCGGGCGCUUUUUUCUGCCUUUUGAGGCUCACCGUGAUGCCUACUGCGCAGGCGCGGAGAAAGGACUCAGCCUAAACACAAGGUAGGAAGCGAUGGACGACAACUCUAUACAAUUCCUGCCAUGGCAGUUAAAGCGGGAUCAAACUGUGGACCCAAGGCCUCCAUUUGGGGCGGCCAUGAAGGACUCCUUGGAGCUCCUGUCCCGCAUUGCUGCGCAUCCGGAUUCCCGCUGCUGGUUCCUGGCUUGGAACCCAACCGGGACCCUCUUGGCUUCCUGCGGAGGGGACCGUAGCAUCCGCAUCUGGGGCAAAGAGGGGGAUGCCUGGCUCUGCAAGUCUGUCUUGGGCGAAGGGCACCAGCGGACGGUGCGGAAAGUGGCCUGGUCGCCUUGCGGCAACUAUCUUGCCUCGGCCAGCUUUGACGCCACCACCUGCAUUUGGAAGAAGAACCAGGAGGACUUCGAGUGUGUUGCAACCUUGGAGGGCCAUGAGAACGAGGUGAAGUCCGUGGCCUGGGCUCCGUCCGGCAAUCUCUUGGCCACCUGCAGCCGGGACAAGAGCGUCUGGGUUUGGGAAGUGGACGAAGAGGACGAGUACGAGUGCAUGAGCGUGCUGAAUUCGCACACGCAGGACGUCAAGCACGUGGCCUGGCAUCCCAACCAGGAGCUCUUGGCCUCGGCCAGUUACGACGACACGGUGAAGUUGUACCGGGAGGAAGAAGACGACUGGGUGUGCUUUGCCACGCUGGAGGGGCACGAGUCCACCGUCUGGAGCCUGGCCUUCGACCCCAGCGGGGACCGGCUGGCCUCCUGCAGCGACGACAAGACCGUCCGCAUUUGGCGCCAGUACAAGCCGGGCAACGCGCAAGGAGUGGUCUGCUGCGGCACCGAUCCCACCUGGAAGUGCGUCUGCACCCUUUCCGGCUUCCACGCGAGGACCAUCUACGACGUGGCAUGGUGCCACUCGACGGGCGCCUUGGCCACGGCCUGCGGGGACGACGCCGUCCGGGUGUUUGAGGAGGAGCCCGGCUCCGACCCCCAGCAGCCCACCUUCGGCCUGACCGCCCACGUGGCCCGAGCCCACUCCCAGGACGUCAACUGCGUGGCUUGGAACCCCAAGGAGAAAGGCCUGCUGGCCUCCUGCAGCGACGAGGGAGACAUCGCCUUCUGGAAAUACCAGCAGCCCGAAGCAUGAAAAAAUGGUACCCUGCUUUUAUUACUCUUGGAAAAAAGACUCUGACAUAUAUAUAGGGUUCGGAGAAAUCAACCCAUGGAGAUUCCUGUUAUUCCCUGAUUUUUUACUGGAGGGAUGUCUUUUUUGUACUAAAACAAAUUUGGCAAAGAUGGGCAUGGGCAAACUUUGGCCCUCCAGGUGUUUUGGACUCCAACUCCCACAAUUCCUAACAGCCGGUAGGCUGUUAGGAAUUGUGGGAGUUGGAGUCCAAAACACCUGGAGGGCCAAAGUUUGCCCAGGCCUGUUCCAAAAGGUAUAAUUACAGAAAGAAAUAAUAAAACCUAAACACGGUACUCUCUGUUUUGUGUCUUGCUCUCAGUGCGAUCUAGCUUUCAUCAACAAAGAAGUAGAUAAUAAUAAUAACACAGGUAAUUACCCUAUAUACUCGAGUAUUAGCCGACCCGAAUAUAAGCCGAGGCACCUAAUUUGACCACAAAACAAACUGGGGAAAAAUUGACUCCAGUAUAAGCCGAGAGUAGUAAAUUUCAGAAAUAAAAAUAGAUACCAAUAAAAUUGCAUUAAUUGAGGCAUCAGUAGUUUAAAUGUUUUUGAAUCUUUACAUCAAACUGUAAUUUAAGGUACAACUGUUCAACUCUGAUUAAAUCAUUAUUUUCAUCUUU